CAGAGUGGAUGCGAGGCACCGAGCCACAACCAUCUUGCCUAUAAAAGUAUAAAGACUGUGCUUUUCUGGGUACACUUGCAAGAUCCUGGUAGGAGAAGCACAAAUUUGUUUUAUAAGCUAAUCAGAAUCCUGCUGUUCAAUAAUGAGUGAGUAAUUGACAUAUCGCAGCACCGCCAUGCGACACAAUGGCUGGGGAUGCUGAAACGCUGACAAUUCAAACGCGAGCACCCUUGGCCUCAGAAUACCUUUCUCUUACAAAUGCUCUGCGGAUGGCAACCUCAGAUCUUCCCGUUUUACUUCACAGCCCCUUUUAACACAAAGGCGACUGCGGUUUUAAGAUCCCGGCUCCCAGGGUGGGCACAAAACAAACGCUUGCCGCGCGCCCGCUGCCGCUCUCCCUGCUGGCUCCAUUCUUGGGAAGCAGCAGGGGAUGGAGAUGGUGAACCUCCUGCUUUCUGCUGGGCCGGGAGUCCUGUCACCUCCAAUCCCCAUCUCUCCUUGUGACAGCAUUCCCAGCAGCCAUGUGCUUUGUUUGGAGAGGGUUGGAUUUUUAAUACAUACAUCGUCGAUUUGUGCUGCUUUAUCCUCUGCUGUUCCUGUCCUGCUCUAUCCCUAGCCAACCCUUCCUCUCCUUCUCAUCGAUGCCCAAAGACAAGGGUCAUCGAAUCACAGAGUGAUCGAGUUGGAAGGGACCCCUGAGGUGAGAAAAUCACAGAAUGGUUGGGCUGGAAGGGACCCCAAAGAUGGGAGAGUCACAGAAUAGUGGGGCUGGAGGGAACCCCAAAGACCAUCCAGUUCCAACGCAUCAGAGUGAGCUGGAGAACUUCCCAGCAAUUCUGCCUUCACAUCCAGGAGCACAGGAUCUGAGACAGAAAAGCAAUCUUCAUUGUAAAUUUCUGCAGGAACAGAGUGAGUGCCAGGCAGCUUAUCUUAAAUAGAUUCAGUGCUUAAUUACCCUUUCCUUUUAAAAAUGUGUGCCUUAUUUCCACUUCAAAUGGAGAAGGAAAGUAAUGUUUGCCAUAUCUCCAAAUUAACAGCGUUUGAUCGACCCACGGCUUUAAAAUGAAAUUUUCUGGUGGUGGUUUCUUUCUUUUUUUUUUCUUUCAAUUUUAUAUGCACACUUCAGCAAGGAGUGUUUGGGGAAGAGGGAAAUCAGUCGGUGUCGGCCUGCUGGGCACAUUAAUGGUGGGAGCCUCGUGGCUGCUGGGGAUGUUUGCUGAGGUGAGGGGCUGCUGUGCCAGCUGCUGGGCUUGGAAGAGGAAAACCUGGGCUUGGAAGGGCUCCGUGCAGCGCCUCACCUGCCCCCUGCUCUCCGUCACCCUCCUGGUAUCCUUCGGCUCCUCCAUGCUCUAUGGCUACAACCUGGCUGUGGUGAACUCGCCAGCGGCGCACAUAAAGGCCUUCUACAAUGCCACGUGGUCCCAGCGCUAUGGGCACGGGCUGCCCCCUGGGCCCCUCACCCUCCUCUACUCUCUGACCGUCUCCAUCUUCGCCCUGGGCGGGCUGGGGGGCUCUUUGCUGGUGGGGACUCUGGUGGCACGCUAUGGCAGGCACGGCACGCUGGGACGCAGCGCUCUGCUCGUCCUCCUGGCCGGUGGCCUCAUGGCCUUCAGCCGACAGCUGGCAGCCCCCGAGAUGGUGAUCAUCGGCCGUGCCAUCACUGGGCUGCACUCAGGUAUCUGUCUCAGCGUGGUGCCCCUCUACCUGGGAGAAAUCGCUCCCAAGAACCUGCGGGGUUUCCUGGGCCUCCUGCCCAGCAUCUUCAUCUGCCUGGGGGUGUUCUGCGCGCAGGUGCUGGGGCUGCCUGAGCUGCUGGGCCAGGACAGGUACUGGCCGCUGUUCCUAGCGGUGGUGGCUAUCCCUGCCUCCCUCCAGCUCCUGCUGCUGCACUGCUUCCCAGAGAGCCCACGGUUCCUACUGAUAGAGAGGAAUGAUGUCUGUGGGGCAACUGAGGCGCUGCACCGGUUCCUGGGGACACCUGAUGUGCAGGAGGUGCUGGAGGAGAUGAAGGAGGAGCAGCAGUCCCUCUCCUCGGUGCAGACGCUCUCUGUCCGACAGCUGCUGCAGGACGGCUCGGUGCGCUGGCAGACCCUCUCGGUGGCGGUGGUGAAUGUGGGCAUGCAGCUCUCAGGGAUCGAUGCUAUCUGGUUUUACACCAACACCAUCUUCCAGAACGCAGGGAUCCCCAAAUCCCAGAUCCCUUAUACCACUGUGGGCACCGGCGCCAUUGAAGUUGUUGCGGGGCUGAUUGGGUGCUUCACCAUUGAGAAGCUGGGCCGGCGGCCCCUCAUCAUCACUGGGUUCUGUGCCAUGGGCACUUGCCUGGCAGGCAUCACCGGCUGCCUGCUGCUUCAGACUGCCCUGCCCUGGAUGCGUUACGUCGCCGUCGCCUGCGUGGUGGGCAUCAUCGCUGGGUUCUGCAUGGGGCCAGCUGGCGUCCCCUUCCUGAUGACAGCCGAGCUCUUCACGCAGUCCCACCGCUCGGCUGCCUAUGUCCUGGGGGGUUCUCUCAAUUGGCUCUGCAAUUUCACCAUUGGCUUCAUCUUCCCAUUCCUGCAGAUGUCAACCGGUGCCUUUUCCUACUUGGUUUUCUGUGGGAUCUGCCUGCUGGUGGCCCUCUAUGUCUACCUCAUUGUCCCCGAGACCAAGAACAAGACCUUCGUGGAGAUCAGCCGUGUCUUUGCUGCCCGCCAACCCCUCACCCCACCGUGCCAUGCGGGGCUGCUGAGGCUCCGUGGAUACACGAUGCGCAUGGGAGCAGCGACUGGUCCGUAUGGAUCCCUACUGCCUGGUCACACCGUGGAAGCAGAGAUCACGGCCCCAUAGCAUCCUCCACGUCCCCCUCCCGACUCGGCUGCUCUCGGCAGCAGAACAGAGCGGUAAAUAUGUGCAGCAUUACAUAUGUAUAAUGGAGUGUAAAUAACCCCAAAAAGUGCAUUGUAAAUAGACUCCAAGUUUAUCCUUUAUUAAUGAGGCACUGAGUGCCCUGCUGUUUUAGAGCAGCGAGACUUUCAUAAUAUCAAAACCUAAAUUACACUUGUGUCUCUCAUUCCCAGCAAAUGACAGCAUCAUUUCAGGCCUCUUUGCCACUGGUAUUUAUUUAUUCUGGUAUUUAUUUCUCUCUCCCACCCGGCGUGCUGGGCAGCC